AUGUUGAGGGAGUUGCUCUUUUGCUUAAAGCCCCUUUCAGAUGUGUAUCUCCCGCACAGGGGAAAUACGAAGCUGAAGCUCUAGUCAGAUUAACUUCAUCUUCAAGUUGACUUUGGCGGUAACCGGAGAUCACUCGUGCUUUUGUACUGUUCUCUUUUAGCGCCGAAUCCGGAGGACCCUGGAAAUACCUUACGGUUCACAUCUAGAAAGUAUACAAAAAUGAAGGGGAUGCCUCCCUCGCCCGAGCAGGCGUUCAGGAGGCGCUGGUGGAUGGCCGCCACAGCAGUGCUGGAAAACUUGUCUUGUUCCGCAGUGCUGUUGGGGUGGGGAUCUCUGCUCAUCAUGCUCAAACAACAAGGCUUUUACUCUCACCUAUGCACAGAGGAGAAUAAGACGGAGAUUGUAAACGGGAGCGUACUGGAGGAGUGGCCGACCUGUGUGGAUCAGGAGGAGAUGUUGAACGUAGGCUUCACCAUUGGCUCCUUUUUGCUCAGUGCCGCUACUUUGCCACUGGGUAUUCUCAUGGACCGUUACGGGCCCAGGCCACUGCGUCUCGGUGGCAGUGCUUGUUUUGCUGCAUCUUGUGCUAUGAUGUCUUUGUCGUCCUAUAAGCCCGAAGUCCUCUCAGCGCUAAUUUUUCUGGCUCUAUCACUCAACGGCUUCGGGGGAAUCUGUCUGACCUUCACAUCUCUCACACUGCCAAACAUGUUUGGGAGUCUGAGCUCCACCGUGCUGUCUCUGAUGAUAGGCUCGUAUGCAUCGUCAGCCGUCACCUUCCCUGGAGUCAAGCUGAUAUAUGAUGCUGGGGUGUCGUUUUCUGUGAUCAUGUGGAUGUGGGCAGGGCUAGCGGGUCUUGUCUGCCUCAACUGUUUCCUGAACUGGCCAGCAGAGGGGUUUGCUACUCCUGAAGAAAUAGAAACGAAGAAGAUGCGUUCAGCUGAAAACCACAAACUGACAUCGGCUGAAGGAGCUUCAGAAGAGCUGAAGAGCUCUACUGAGAAACUGUCUGCUUUUGCUCAAGAGACAAAAACCUCUGUACCAUUCCGUCGCUCCGUGUUCUCUGCCAUCUUCCUGUGGAGUCUGAUCACCAUGGGCAUGACUCAGCUGAGAAUCAUUUUCUUUAUGGGAGCCAUGAACAAGAUGCUGGAGUUCCUGGUCACCCACGGAGCACAGCACCCCUCAAAAGAAAUAGAGCAUGAGGCAGAGCAGAAAGUGAGUUUUUACUCGUCCAUCUUCGGCACGAUGCAGCUCUUGUGUCUGGUCACCUGCCCUCUGAUUGGCUACAUCAUGGAUUGGAAGAUGAAGGAGUGUGAGGUGGAUCAGAAUACAGUGGAUUCAGGAAAAGAAACCAGUGCUGUACCCAAGCGUGACAGAAAGGUCCAAAAACUCACCAAUGCCAUGAGAGCCUUUACCUUCACGAAUCUGCUGCUCGUUUUAUUCGGAAUCCUCUCGCUUAUUGACAACCUACCUCUACAGAUUCUGACAUUUAUUUUGCACACUAUGGUACGAGGUUUCAUUCACUCCUGUUGCGGAGGCCUGUAUGCAGCUGUGUACCCGUCUAAUCAUUUUGGGACUCUUACUGGUCUGCAGUCUAUGAUCAGUGCUGUUUUGGCUCUUCUGCAGCAGCCCCUCUUCAUGAUCAUGGUGGGACAUCUAAAUGGAGAUGCUUACUGGAUCAAUUUGGGGCUUCUGAUCUUCUCCUUUGCUGGUUUCCUGUUGCCGGGAUACUUGUUCUACCAUCGCAGACAGCUUUUGCAGCAGAAAGCAGGAGGAAAAGCUAACGGUCAAGAUAUAAACCAGCCUUUGGCCAACGGACACGGCAAUGGUUACGUCUCUCAGGAAACUUGAGUUUCACACGAGUGUCAGGACUUGUCACAUUUCAAAAAGAGCUCAACAUAAGAUGUGUUACUUUACCAAACUCUGCCAUUACAACAUCCUCACUGCAUUUUCAUGUUUCGUGGUUUGACACAUUUGGCUGACAAUGGCAAACACUGAUCUUAUACCAGUAUUGCUUUGAUAAACAGCCAAACCAUUUUUUUAGAUUAGUAUUUUUUAUAUAGAAAAUCUUAAAAUCAGACUGUAAAAAGUAUACAACGUUUUUAGCUAUUUUUUAAGGAGAAAUAUUUAUUGAAUUGCUCACUCAUUGGAGGUAUUUCUCAGACAUGAGCUACCUCAGACAUCCACGGACCCUCUAAACAGUGGAUACUCGGUCUGUUUAGCGUCUGUUCUGUUUCACCAAAGAAAAAGCAUGUUGAGUAUUUUGCAUGAUGUACAAUUGAACACUUGAGACACAUUUAGCAGUGUAUCAAUACCAAAGACACAGACGAUGGAGGUUUGUUUGUAAAGUGUAUCACUUCAUUCUUGUCGAGCAAUGUUUCACUAAAGGUGAAUUAUCCUCCAGAGUUAAGAUAUCAGGCAGAUUUUUAUCAACCAACAUAAAUGUUUGUGUAUUCAAGGUCAGUUUCUCAAGUAUUGCUUUUCUAUAUUAGUUUGGUAGGCACUGAAAGGAAGUGUACUUUUGUAUUGCUGACUGUGUUGAUACCUUAAAGGUCUACGAGUUUAAAACUAUUUGUACUCUGUAAAUAAGGAAACAUGUAUUCAUGUUAUUUUUUGCUGUAAACGAAUGCUUGUGUGACAGGUGUUUUUAAAGGUGUUGGGUCCAGACAAACGAACGUGUUAAAGUUUGGACUGGUUUUGUCAUGCUUUUUUGUGUGUGUGAAAUUAGUGCCUUAAGUUAUGUCACGUGAUUUCAAAUCAUACUUGGAAACCAAAGCCAUUUGAUCUUGGACAAAGAUGCAAUACAGCUGUGUGGACAUUGUUGCUGUGACAGGAAUAUAGCAUCCCAUGUAGCAGUGUUAGAAUGUCUGAAAUUCCAAAAUAAUAAAGGUGUGUACACACAUGCAAAA